AUGUGGCAACUCUUGGAAAGCAAGAUGUCUGCAGGAGUUUAUGUAGAGGAGGCUAAGCUGAUGGGGCUUGAGGACCCCAUGGCUAUUGUAGAUUACGUGAGUAAACGUCAGGCUGAGGAGCGAGAAGAACGAGCGAGGCAGCGUGAGCGUGAAAAGGAGGAAAGAGAAGAGCGGGACAGGCAGCGUGAACAUGAGCUGAAAAUGCAGCAGAUGAAGAUAGAGGAGGAGGAGAGGAAUCGCCGGCAUCAGCUGGAAAUGGUUCGUGUGCAGACGGAGACGAACGGGGGCUCCCCUGCCCAGCCAUCCACCUUGCCGCACAUCAGGUUACCUGCAUUUAAAGAAGAGCUCUAUCAGUUCGACGAAGCCACAAAGAAGCUUCAUUUCCAGAGCCUAUUUGAAGGUAAGCCCUUAGAAAUCCUCCAUCGUCUCGACGCAAGUGACAAGACGUACCUGUCGAUGAAGUCAGCAUUGAUGAGGGCGUACGGGCUGACGGUCGACGAAGCAAAACUUCAGUUCAAUCGUGCGAUGAUGCAAGACAAAGAAACUGCCGCUCAGUUCCUGGUUCGUUUGUCAGGCUACCUGGAUCAAUGGCUGGAGAAGGAUGGGACGCCGAACACGAAGGAAGGUCUCAGAGAUUUGGUGUUACGGUCUCAGCUGGAGAAGUCAUGUCCUCAGGAUCUCGUUGCCCAAUUUAAGAUUCACAAGACCAAGACAGCAGAGCAGAUGGCUGAUAAGGCGGAUGCCCAUUUUUCUGCCUUUGGGUAUCAUACGCGUAAGCAGUGGAAGAAGCCAGUCUCUUCACUGGGUCAGCAGCAGAGAAGGCAAGACUUACCUUUGCAGCAGCAGCAGCAGAAGUUACAUCCCACCUUAACUCACAAGAAUUCUCCGCAGUCGAAACACAGCAACAACGCAAAAAGAGCAGCUGCCUCUAUGAGUGAAGAAGACCCAUCACCCCAGUCUCCGGAAACGUCAGAGGUCAAACAUCAAACAACCUGCGUGCACAACUUUUGA